AUGAACAAACAUGCAGUUUUGGAAUUAAGUUCCAGCAUUGAUGAAGCAUAUCAAUGCUCCAUUGUAACUUUAAACUUUGAAAAAAGUUCUUUGAUAAGAUUGCAUGACAUGCGUCUUAUUGCAUACGCUCAUUUCAAUGCGACUAAAUUUCCUGAAGACCAAGAAUAUACAUUAUGUCGAUUAGAUUUUCGAACUUCAAACUUAGUGCCAAUAGUUGUUGGGGUGUGUCUAGCUGCGCUAGUCAUUACUGUUCUGAUUGCUUACUUAAUUGGCCGGGCUCGGGCGAAGCGUCAAGGUUAUGCAUCUGUGUGAAU